AUGGCACCCAAAUGCGAACCCAACAAGGUCUCUAACCUGAAGCGAGGCACCAAGCCCCUGACAGAAUCCAUGAACAUUUGCCGGCUCCAGACACUCCCCCUGUCGGAGACCCACCAUGACUUCAAGUCCAGCGACAAGGUGGACGCCCACCACGAAGGCAGCUUGUGGGAGAGCCACGUAACCAAAGAAUCACCAAAUGGAUCCGAGGAGCAGAUUGAGUUUUCCAAAGAGGAGCUCAGGCCCCACCGCGCAUGGAUCAAUGACCAUUUGCAGGAGCAUUUUGAUGAAACCAUGAAGGUUGUUGUGAAGGCUGUUGAAGCUGUGAAUUGUGAUGAAACUGUGGAGGCUAAUGAAUCUUGGAUGCAAGAGAAUGAGGAGUUGUUUAGCGUGAAGGCACCGGUUGAGGUUAGCUUCGACGAAGAAGGUUUCGUAGAUACUUGGUAUGCUUCCACCAUUUUUGCGGCUAUGGGGCCGGGGAAGUUCCUUGUUAAGUUGCGGGACCUGUUCCAUGAAGACAGUAGCAGUCCUCUAAUAGAGGAGAUUGAUGCCCGGCACAUUAGGCCUCCUCCACCCAAAACUGGUGUUGCUAACUUUAGACUUCUUGAUGAAGUUGAUGCUUUGGAGAGUGAUGGCUGGUGGCGUGGUGUGAUUAUUAAGGUUUUUAACAAAUCCAAGUAUAAAGUUCACGGGAGGAGCAACACUGAAGAAUUGGUGUGUCACCCGUCCGAGUUGAGGCUGCAUCACGACUGGGUUGAUGGCCGAUGGGUCAAUGAUCUAAGGGUGAGCACUGCCAAGAAGCUCAAGGUUGAUGCUUUGCUACUCAAGCUGCAGGAAGAAGAACGCCAAGGUGGUGAGCAAAGUGCUACUGCUCCAGCUGCUCAGGAUGUGAGCAAUGAAGAGGAGGAAGGAUCUGAUGAGAGUAAAGAGGAGAGUGCAGAAGGAUCAGGAGAGGCGUCUAGUUCUGAAGACUAG